AUUCUUAAAAUAAAGUGGUGAUCCUAACUGACUUCCGACUUCAACUGUAGAUGCAGUAAAGAGGUCAAUGGAAUGCAGACCGUGUGGGAUAGAAGGGCAAUGGAUUGGCGCACAUUCAACAAAUCUGAUCUAAGUGAAUAUUUGUCAAAUCCGCCAUGAUUGAUGUAUUGUAACAGGCCCACAAUGUGGGUAUUAAAUUCCGAUUUGGAUAUAUUUAGCUGUUUUCGCUGCAUAACAUUUAGAAGUUGACUAGUAAAUGCUAACUCCCGUUUGUAUAAGCAGGUUAGCGUAGCUAGCACACAGAAAUUGGUGGUGUAGUCAAAGUCGUUUUAAACUGUAAUGCAGUUGAUUGAUGACAUGAACAUGUAUUGGGGUUGACCUCCAUACAAACAUAUAGUGUGAAUACACAUAAACAACAGCCUAAAUGUAGGCUGAUUUUGCUGGGGGGCAGUGAGGAGAUUCGGGAUAGAGAUGCAGGUGGGAAAACGGUGCAUCCUUUUUUACUUCAUGCUAUUUUGGCUGAGCUAUGUCAAGCAGCGGGAAACGGACUCCAACAACUCAGAAGAGCCUUAAACCUGUGCCAGAACCGUGAAAUCUGAUGAUCCAAAAUGCCUCAUAAACUCCUCAAGUUACUCCUGGGAAGUUACCAGUGGCUGGCCAGUUACUGGCCCGUCCUUAUGCCUCGGGGAAUCCGCCUGUACACAUUUGAACAGAUCCCGUUAUUCAUGAAAGAAAACCCAUACAUUACAGAUGGAUACAGAGCACGUUUACAAUCCAAACUUUGUUUAAAAAGCAUCUUUGUGCUGUCCAAUGAAACAGUCAACAUAUGGACUCAUCUGUUGGGCUUCCUCCUGUUCUUCCUACUGGGGGUGAAUGACAUGUCUACAGUCCUGCCGGCUUCAGGUGCCAACAGAGAAGACUAUGUCAUCUACUGCAUAGCACUCUUCUGCUUUCAGGUGUGUAUGCUGUGUUCUGCAGGGUAUCACAUGUUCUCCUGCCACCUCUCAGAGAAGACGUGUCACCGCUGGUUGGCGCUGGACUUCGUUGGAAUCUCUGUGGGAAUCCUGGGCUGUUACAUUCCAGGGGUCUUCUAUGCCUUCUACUGCAUCACUUUCUGGAGACAGGUGUACCUGGUGACUGCUCUAGCGUUGAUAUUGGCUGUGUUCUUAGCUCAGAUCCACCCUCACUACCACUCUAAGGAGUGGCGACACCAGCGUACUGCCAUCUUCUGCUCCGUGGCUGGCUACGGGAUCAUCCCCGCCGGCCACUGGGUCUGGCUCAAUGAAGGCCUCGGCUCAGCUGUCGUCCAGUUGUUCCUCCCUCGUGUGAUUGUGAUGUAUUUGAUAGCUGGAGCUGCGUUCCUCUUUUACAUCUCUAAAAUCCCAGAACGCUGCUUCCCAGGUCAACUGAACUAUCUGGGUGCCAGCCACCAGGUGUGGCAUGUCCUUGUGGUGUUUUUGCUCUACUGGUGGCACCAGACUGCUGUAUAUAUAAUGAAAUUCAGGCACAGCCAGCCAUGCCCUCCUUUCUACACCCAGCCUGGUCUCAUAGACUAGACGUAACAUAGUAAAAGUAAAUCUGGGACACUCAAAUUUGUAUGAUAUGUUACGUUUGGUAUGGGUGGUUGGUCGAGGUGUAUGGGUGGGUGAAUGCCUAGCUAUCCAAAAGGUUGUGUGUUCAAAUCUCGUCAUGGACAACUUUAGCAAAUUUUCAACUACUUGUACUUUUUAGCUACUUUGAAACUACUUAGCAUGUUAGCUAACCCUUCCCCUAACUCUUUUAGCCAGCC